GAGAUCUCCCCCUCUCCCACCACAAACGAAGACAUGGAGGGCGCAAAGGGUAGCUCAAACAACGAAGAUCAGGUCGCUGCGACUGGCUCCCUUACUGUCGAUGGAUCCGACGCAAGUUCCUUUCCUGGUAGACUGCUGGACCGUGAACGAAGUCGUCGCUAAAGUUGCGGAUGCUGCUAGUACGUCGUCGGUGAAGCAUGUUCAGCUCGAGAGUAACCUAUUCAAGGGGUUUAAGGCGCUGCUGAAUGAGCUCUACAAGCCACUCUCAGCAGUUUAGCGCGAGUCUCUCCAGAAGAUCUCGUUCACGUCAUCGUAGUUGAUCACGGUUUUGUGGUCCACGCCCGCUCCGUUCUUUUGCGGGCGCAUCUUAGUCACAACGUUGUAAAGCGGACGUACGUCUUAGAAACGUUCCUUCCGGUGUAAUGAGCAUUUUUUCUAAACCAUCCAAUCCAACUUUGCAGCCACCUUGUGGCAAAGGGCGGA